ACCUGUAUGGGCGUACAUCAGAUCAAGCGCAGUUUCGAAUCCGUUCUCCAUGCUGAUCCUGGCGCGUCGCUUUUCGUCAUCCCUUGUAAGUCGCCUGUUCCGAAUCCGCCUCUGCAUGCAUUAACAUUAGUUGGCAAGAAAUCGAUUCUCUUUGCCAGCUGUGUGUGGAGGCGAUGCAAGCUGUCGGUCAAGGGAAUGAGCUGCUCCUCUUGCGUUGCUCAUAUCGAGAAUGCCGUUUUGAAGUUGGUUGUUUUCGGGGUGAAAAGAGUUUCGGUGUCCCUCCUCACGGAAACGGCUGAUAUCUUCUACCGUCCGUCAGAAACCGAUCCGCAGAUUAUUGCUCAGAAGAUCGAGUCAAUGGGUUUCGACGCGAAAGUCAUCGAUGCGGACGUUGUUGACGAGUCAAUACUUAAAUUAUCGAUCACGGGUAUAGGUGACCCUGAGAGCGCCCUUUUGAUCGAGAAGGUUGUGUCAUCCAUUACAGGUGUUUACUCCUCUUCGGUGUCUUUCGACAAUGGUACAGGUAAAUUCGUCUAUGAUUCAGCUACCUGCGGCCCACGUACAAUUUUCAACGCCGUGAAAGUAAGUUCGUAUAUUUUGCUAGAAGCUGUUCGCUCCUUAGUUAAAUGCUUCAUUACUGAUAGAAUUUGGGAUACGCCGUCUUAGUC